AUGUCCCUAUUGGCCGCCGGGGUUGGGACCGGCUCCCUCGCACACUCCAUUACCUCCUCCAGGGACCUGUCAAACAGGCUCCAAAUCACAAUAGAAGCCUCAGCAACCUCCCUAUCCACCUUACAAAGGCAGAUCAACUCCAUAGCACAGGGGGAAACUGAAGAAGAAUUAAUUGUUCCUCCCCCGUAUAACCCCCCUAGGAUGCCGGAAGAACACCAUCCUCCCCCUCCGGGGGAGGCAGACGCUGUUCGGAGAACGGGAGGUGGAAAUGCUCCAGUGGGAAGCCCGCCCUUUACCAGACAAAGGGCUCAGAGGGAGCAAUCCGCCUCUGCCGCCAACUCCACUAUUCCACCCCUGCAAGACACUGGACCCCCAGACGCGGAGGGGAAUCAGCCCCAUCACUAUUGGCCUUUCGCCACUAGUGACCUCUACAAUUGGAAAGCUCAGAAUCCUAAGUUUUCCAAGAAACCGGCUGGGCUUAUUGAUUUAUUAGACUCUGUUCUUUUUACUCAUCAGCUCACGUGGGACGAUUGCCAGCAGCUUUUGCAGGUCCUGUUCAUGACUGAAGAAAGAGAAAGGAUUCUCAAUGAGGCCCGAAAACUAGUUCCGGGCGCAGAUGGGAAUCCCGCCACCAACCAGGCUCAGAUAGAUGCCUCCUUCCCCUUAACUCGGCCCCAGUGGGAUUUCAACACGGCAGAAGGUAAGGAGAGGCUCCGGGUCUACCACCAGACUCUAAUGGGGGGUCUCCGAAUGGCUGCUAGAAAGCCAACCAAUUUGGCCAAGGUAGGAAAUGUACAACAGGGAAAAGAUGAAUCUCCGGCUGCCUUUUUAGAAUGGAUCAUGGAGGCAUUCCGUACCUAUACCCCCAUGGAUCCAAAGGCUCUGGAAAGCAAGGCAGCUGUUAUCAAGGCCUUUGUAAACCAAUCAGCCGUAGACAUUAGGAGAAAAUUACAGAAAAUAGAUAGACUAGGAGAAAAAAGUCUGCAGGACUUACUGGUGGUAGCCGAAAAGGUAUAUAAUAACUGGGAGCCUCCUGAGGACAAGCAGCCUCACUCCAUGGCGGCUGCCAGCAGUAAGCAGACUCGAGACCUGGCCAGAAUACUACUAGCUACCACUGUUGACUCCCCCGAAGAACGAGACCGCCGUCUCCGGCAGCUGGCAGACAACACAAGAAAAGGUACAGGAACCACCAAGGGGGGGAAGCAGAGGCUGAAGAAAGAUCAGUGCACAUACUGCAAGGAGAUAGGGCAUUGGGACCGAGAUUUUCUGAAAAGGGCCGGCGGGAAGGGAAGCAAGACUGAUCGAGGGAGUCGGGGUUCGGACCCUCUCCCCGAACCCAGGGUAACUCUUAAAGUGGAGGGGACCCCUGUUGACUUCCUCGUCGACACCAGAGCGCAACAUUCGGUCCUCCGCACCCCACAAGGAAAACUAGCCAGCAAGAAGUCCUGGGUACAAGGGGCAACUGGUAUGAGCCAGUAUUCAUGGACUACCCGAAGAACAGUAGAUUUGGGAACGGGCCGGGUAUCCCACUCCUUUAUGGUAAUACCAGAAUGCCCCUACCCGCUGUUAGGACGGGACUUACUGACCAAGAUAGAAGCUAAGAUAACUUUCAGACAAGGGGGGCCUCAGGUCACCGAUGGCAAGGGCCACCCCAUCCAGGUCCUGACCAUGAAACUGGAGGAUGAAUACUGCCUCCACUAA